UCCCCGGAUUGACUUCCGCGAUGGUUUUGUUUGGGUUGCUGCUGUCAUAGUCGUGGGAAUCCUGAUGGAUUUGACGUCUUUCGGGCUUAACUGGGCUGUAAUAACUCUUUUGGCUCUUUCAGGUCUUCUUUGUAUCGACACAGCAACUAAUGAAAAUAGUGCAGGUCCCACACCAUCCUCGCCUGUAGAAAAUGGUGCUUCAUCUCAACAGCAACUAAAUGUUACAAAUUCUGUUGGGCCAUCUUCAGAAGACCAAGUUUCUUCUGGGAAUCAAAAUGAGUUCUGCCCUGAUGGAGUCGAGUGUCACAAACUAGGAGCCGAAUGCAUUAACUGUAACCUCAACACAAACUGCCAGUAUGGAAGUAAAGAGACGGCUCAGUGCACUGUGAAGAGUGAAAUUGAUUGUACAGGGGAAAGGACAUUUAGCCUUCAGUAUGACUGUAAAUACUGCUACCAGGUGGACCCCUCGUUGUAUACAUGUAACUCCUCUAAGUCCUCUUCCACUUGUACGGUCGUCACGGCGCCCAGCCAGACAUUCAUCGCCAAGUGUCAGGUGAAGAGCGAGAUCAUCUGCUUGGGUAAAAGACAAUUUCAUAAGUCUCUCCCAUGUAACUGGACAAGUGGAUACAAAUGGUCUACUGCUUUACUACUCAGUGUGACACUAGGUGGUUUUGGUGUAGACCGGUUCUACCUUGGACUUUGGAGAGAGGGGAUCGGAAAACUAUUUAGCUUUGGUGGUCUUGGUGUGUGGACUCUAGUGGAUGUGAUCCUCAUUGCCAUAGGCUAUGUGGGCCCUUCAGAUGGAUCGCUGUACAUAUGAUACUACAUAUUAUAACCAGCAAUUUCUAAAAAGACCAACUUUCCAAAGCUGGAUUGGGUUAAUAAUCUCAGAUUCAAAUGUCAUCAUUGCUGCACAUGAAAUAAUUGAUGAAAUAUUCUGAUAACAUUUUGGUUGCUUUAGGGCCACUUUUGUUGAUCAUGUCCAAAUUGUCAGACAAUUUCAGUUUUCUACGACUGUAACAUAUAUAUAGGUCAGCCCUAAUUUAUCCCUUUAAAUAUUACAUUUAAAAGUAGAAAAACAGGCUGUCGGAGUAGAAUAUAUUCCAAAUAUGCAAUAUAGGUUCAAAGUAUUGUAAAAAGUGAAGAAAAAAAAUCAUUCACUUUUUGUGUAGACUAUAGAUAUGAACUACAGCUGCUGGACACACAAAAGCAUACUGGUUCAGAUAUCUUGGAUUCAGGAAGAGAAUUCUUGUGUUGUUGAAUUGAGGAAUGUGGAGAUGAUUAUUUAAAUGUCUGGACUAACAAGGUUACACUGUAUGUUUGAAGAAGAGUGUAAGUGAGUGAGAAAUAUUUUGUACAGAAUGGAGAGAAGAGUGAUUGACUGUGCAGAAUAUGAGAGGUGACUUUAGGGUAAAAGUUAACAGUGUCUGAUAUAAAUGAUUUUUUUCUGAUACUUUAACAAUAAAAAAUCAUUAUCUGUUACACGCUAUGAAAAACUAAAAGUAUAUUUCAUGUUUCAAAAACUACAAAGUUAGGCAAAUGUAUUUUUGUAUGGGUACUCCAGAACAAAGAUGUCCUUACCACUGUUAGACCGAUCAAUUUUAAGAGUUGGAAUACAAUUUUCAUAAUAGGAAAAGUAUUUGGGUAUUGGUACCAAUAUAAGUAUACUAUUUUCAUUUUUCCUCAAUACUACCGGUAAGAAAAAAAUCAGCUCUGAUGAUGCUUUAAUACGAAGUUGCUUGAAAAGAUUUUUUAAGUUGUUACAAAAGUUUUUGGUGGUCAGGUAUAUAUGAUGGUAACUUAGAUAAUUUUGUGAUGCUGUUUCUGAUGGGUCAAUCUCCUUUUACUAAAAUGCAAGCCAGUGAAGCACGUUACAACUUCGAGUUGUUAAUUUUAUUUUGUAAUUUAUGUGCAUGUGUGUAUGAAUAAGGGACAAUGUAUGGAAAAUAUAUGAAAAUGUGU